AGACCGUAGGGUGAGGCUGAUCUGGCAGUAGGGACGCGGGGAAACUGCCUGGGACUGCCCCGUGCCCAUAAAGCAUCCCGAUCUCGUGCAGGGAGGACAGCGGGCGGAUCAACCAUCAGUGCAGAGAGCACCAUGGCAGAGCAGGUAGCCCUGAGUCGGACCCAGGUGUGCGGGAUCCUGCGGGAAGAGCUGUACCAGGGUGAUGCCUUCCACCAGGCUGAUACACAUAUAUUCAUCAUCAUGGGUGCAUCGGGCGACCUUGCCAAGAAGAAAAUCUACCCCACCAUCUGGUGGCUGUUCCGUGAUGGCCUUCUACCCGAAGACACCUUCAUCGUGGGCUAUGCUCGCUCCCGUCUCACAGUGGAUGACAUCCGUAAGCAGAGUGAGCCCUUCUUCAGAGCCACCCCAGAGGAGAGGCCCAAGCUGGAGGAGUUCUUCACCCGCAAUUCCUAUGUAGCCGGCCAGUAUGACGACCCAGCCUCCUUCAAGCGCCUGAACAGCCAUAUGAACGCCCUUCACCAGGGGCCACAGGCCAACCGGCUCUUCUACCUGGCCUUGCCUCCCACAGUUUAUGAGGCUGUCACCAAGAACAUCCAUGAAACCUGCAUGAGCCAGACGUAAGGCCUGUCCUUUGCCUUCUCUCCCUGCCCCCUUUGUUUGACCUGCCUUGAUGUGGUCUGCCCUAGCCACAGAUCCAGCACUGGCCUGAGAAACCAGGGUGAGGAAGGGGGAUGCCCCGCUUGUUCUAUAUAUGAAUUAGCUCUCCAAAUAAAGGGAAAGGCUAUAAAUACA